GACCAUAAAGCAAACAAGACAAAUAUCAGAGAGCAUAAAAACCCCUAUUUUCCUCCAUUAUCAUUGUCCCUACCUUUUCAAUUUGCCUUCACACUCUGAUACCUCCUUCCAUCCAACGCUUCUUCAUCUUCGAUUUCUCGCUUCGUCAUCGUGUUCAUUGGAAUUUAGCUAUGGGAAAAAGGAAGGCGAAAACAAAGCCACCUCCAAAGAAAAGAAUGGAUAAGCUUGACACUGUCUUUAGCUGUCCUUUCUGCAAUCACGGCUCGAGUGUUGAGUGCCGCAUUGAUAUGAAGAACUUGAUUGGGGAAGCUUCUUGCGGGAUAUGUCAAGAGAGCUUUAGCACUACCAUCACAGCUUUAUCUGAGGCAAUAGACAUAUACAGUGAAUGGAUUGAUGAAUGUGAGCGAGUGAACACCGUGGAAGAUGAUGGUGCUUAGUGAUUGCAAGGAUGUACUUCUAAUGAUAGUAAAUGGACAACCGUCCAACUUUAUAAUUUCUUCACCCUGUAUUUAUGUCCGUUUCUGUUGUGACACUAGUGUGACUGCUUUAGUUUGAAUGUGGACUCCUUGACAUAUUGUAAUGCUUGUACUCAAGAACAUGAAAAUAAUUGUCUAGUUAGGUGAAGCCUCUUUGAUAGAAAGCUGAUAUGUAAUCUGUUUUGGUUUCUUUGAUGCAGUAUAUGUGAUAGUAGCUUCUUUUUUUGAAAGAA